AUGAGCCCUGCUCGUCUUCGAUCCCAAUGUCUCCCAGACGGCUCGAGAAGCUCUUAUAUGCAAGUAACUAUCGAUGGAGCCCUGGUUGGCAAUGCUUUUGCCUGCCGCUGGAAACAUGCGGGACGUCAGGUUUGCUGGGUCACUCAGCUGGUUGUUCACAGCGACUAUCGGCAACGACAAAUAGCAACCACGCUGCUACUGCACAUGAUCGACCCUGAGGACGAUGCGCUCGGUAUCAUGAGUUCCCACCCAGCGGCGUGCAAAGCUCUUGCCAAAGCUGUCGGAGACAUCCGCUUUGCCGACGUCGCCUUGGAUUUUGCCCAAGCUCAUGCAGCCGGUGUGAUGGCAGUCUCGCCAAUCGAAUAUAUCCAAGCAGCGAAGCUUCGCGGUUCUCUGUUCGAUUCAUGCAACACCGAUGACAUGGUAUCAUGUGUUGAUUCUGGAUUUUACGUUGACCACGACGAGCCUCUCCAAGCACUUGCAUGGUUCAAGGCAAAUGGUACUUGGCCUCUCGGUGAUUUGCCUGAUGGUCAUGAAUUCUUUUUCUUGGUGGAAAGAUCGGCGCGAAGACGUCCACGGCCUACUUCGACACAGCGCGGAAAGGGGAGUAAGGAAUGAACGGAGGCUUUCCUCAAAUCCAGGCCUUGAGUCCAUAUUUAAAGCAUUGUAUGCUACAUCCUUCGCCUGAUCGGAUCACAGACAUAGGUACCAAGACCAGAUAUCAGACAUGAUUUCACAAGC